AUGUAUCAGAUAGGCAAUAUCUACUUCAUCACAGCCAUCGCCGUCAUCGGCGGUGGCCUGUUUGGUUUCGAUAUCUCAUCCAUGUCUGCCAUCAUCGGCACGAACCAGUAUAAAUGCUACUUCAACCAAGGUCCCAAUGGACCUCCGCAGUGCUCUGGUCCUCGAUCCGAUGUCCAGGGCGGCAUUACUGCUUCUAUGCCCGGCGGCUCAUUCGUUGGCGCUUUGACAUCUGGCUUCCUGUCUGAUAUCUUUGGACGAAAGAGAGCCAUCCAAAUCGGCGCGGUCAUCUGGUGCAUUGGUUCCAUUAUUGUCUGCGCUUCUCAGAACAUUGGCAUGCUUGUCGUUGGCCGCUUCAUCAAUGGAUUCAGCGUGGGCAUCUGUUCAGCCCAAGUUCCUGUCUAUGUGUCCGAAUUGGCACCUCCCAGCAAGCGAGGAAGGGUCGUGGGGGCUCAGCAAUGGGCAAUUACGUGGGGUAUUUUGAUUAUGUUCUACAUUAGCUAUGGCUGCAGCUUCGUCUCGGGACCCGCCGCAUUCCGUAUUCCAUGGGGCUUGCAGAUGAUUCCUGCCGUCAUUCUUUUCUUUGGGUUGUUCUGCCUCCCGGAAAGUCCCAGAUGGCUUGCCCGCAAAGAUCGCUGGGAAGAUUGCCACAACGUUUUGGCCCUUGUACAUGGAAAGGGGAACCGUGAGGCGCCAUUUGUCCUGCUUGAGCUUAACGAGAUUCGGGAGAUGUGUGAAUUUGAGCGAAGAAACGCCGAUGUGAGCUACCUGGAGCUUUUCAAACCAAGGAUGAUCAACCGAACGCACAUCGGUGUCUCCACUCAAAUCUGGUCUCAGCUUACCGGAAUGAAUGUCAUGAUGUACUACAUCACCUAUGUUUUCGGUAUGGCCGGUCUUACCGGGAACACUAACCUCGUGGCCUCGUCAAUCCAAUAUGUCAUCAACGUGCUGAUGACCAUUUUUGCGCUGAUUUUCCUUGACCGAUGGGGACGCCGAUGGCCCCUAAUGAUUGGCUCUACCUUCAUGGCUAUUUGGAUGUACGCAAAUGCCGGUUUGAUGGCCUCUUAUGGUAAACCAGCUCCUCCUGGAGGAGUCGAUCACGUGCCAGAGGAGUCCUGGCAAAUCCAUGGUGGUGCAGCUAAAGGAGUCAUCGCCUGCACAUAUUUGUUCGUCGCGUCGUUCGCGCCAAGUUGGGGUCCGGUAUCGUGGAUCUAUCCGCCUGAGCUGUAUCCUCUCCGCGUGCGAGGCAAGGCAGUGGCACUGACAACAUCUGCCAACUGGAUCUUCAACUUUGCGCUGUCGUACUUCGUUCCUCCGGCCUUCGUCAACAUCCAGUGGAAGGUCUACAUCAUCUUUGGCGUCUUCUGCACCGUGAUGACCAUCCACGUCUUCUUGUGUUUCCCUGAAACGGCCGGCAAGACGCUCGAAGAGGUCGAGGAGAUCUUCCUGAGCGACGUCAAACCAUGGAACACCCACGUCGACUACCAGAAGAUCAGGAGGGAGGAGGCAGGCGAAGUCGAUACUGAGAAGCGACUGAGCCACGCUGUUCACCGCGAGCGUGGAGAUAGUGAGCAUGCCGAGGUCGGCCAGCAGACGCAGGAGAUUGCUAAGAACGAGGCUGCAUGA